AUGGAUAUCGACGACCUCCUCGCCGAGGUCGCAGUCAACUCGACGCCGCAGGAAUCGCGCGACUUGCAGGAGCUGACGCGGGCGUGGGUUGCGGAGCGCACGGCGCCUGAGAUUCUGACGUGGCCCGAGGACUUGAUGGAUAGGGUACUGGAGCGGAUUAGACGGCAGAUUGAGCUUGUCGAAGAGCAGACGGGCAGUAUGGAUCCGAAAACGAAUUUCAAGCUCAUCGUCAUCCAGACGGAACUCGAGCGGUUCAAGUUCCUGGUCCGGAGUUUCCUGCGCGCGCGGCUGAAGAAGAUCGACCAACACCCGCUGCACAUCCGCGUCCAACACACGGCGUCGCUCGAUGCUCUGCAGCCCCUUCUCUCGCCCGCUGAACUGCAAUAUCUCACAUCGCAUCAAGCGCUCCUCUCGCAACACUACACUGCCUCGUUUUUGUCGCAGUUCCCAGCAUCGUUGCAGCGGUUGGACGAUACAACGGGUGGCAUCAGCAUGGUAGACAGGCCGGACGAAGACAAAGCCGUGUUCGUACGAGCGCUGCGGGACAUUGGGACCGUGUUCAUAGAAGGCACGGACCGCCGACUGCAGGUCAAGAGGGGCGAUGUAUGGGUAGUUCGAUGGAGUGCGGUGAAGAAGUGGGCAGUGGGAAGUGGGACGGGUGACGUAGAGCUCAUCUGA